CAAGCACAAUCCGCCAUGGAUGACAAAGUUGUUUCUGUCGUUAAGUUCCACCCCAACGGCCCCGAUUCAACCCUUCCUGGACAUACCGUUAGUCGAACGGUUACAGCCACUGGGUUUCGUGUUUCUACUGCCCUGAUCGGCUCAGGUGGUCAGUUUGAAGGAUCUGAGCCGGUUCUGACUCGAGUGAAGCACGAGCCUCUCUUGAAAGUGAAGGAAGAGCCUGGUUCGGGUCUCGAGAGUGACGCUUCCAUGGAGAUUAAUGUGAAGGAGGAGCCUGGUUUGGGGUUUGAUGGUGCAGUUCGAGUGAAGGAAGAUUCAAGAUCAGCGGAUCCUUUUGAAGAGUCCUGCAAAACCCAGGUUAAAGAAGUUCCUCAUGAUCCUCCAUGCGUGAAAAAGGAACCUGAUUUCGAAUGUUUACAGAAACAGGUUGAUGUAAAGAAAGAGGUACCACGAGAGAGGAGAGUGAAUGGUGUUUUAGUAGAAGACGGUGAUUUUCCCGAAGACCCAGACUGGUUUUUGGUCGGAAGAACAAUCGUGAAUGCUGUUUCAACAACGAAAGGGAACAACAAAUUGUUGCAUAAUGAGAUUGUUUACUUCACUUUCCCUUCUCCAGGAGCCAGCCACAAGCUUCAGUCCAUUGUUCGUUUUUCCACUAAGCGUUGUGGAGAGAUUGGUCGACUUCCAAUGGAUUGGGCAAAAUGGGUGAAUCCCCUUGUAUAUUCUAGUAAGAUUAAAGUUGUUGGUCGAUGUAUAGCUGCUCCAGCAACACUUAGCAUAAUGCAAGAAAUCAUGUUAUUUGUAAGCUUCUACAUUCACAGCUCAGUAUUUGAAUCGAGUGACAAAUCUCCCUGGAUGUUUGAUGCACCUUGGAGCAUGGAGUAUAUGCUUAGUCCUUUGCUUGAUCUGUUCAGAUACCUUAAAAUAAAACCAUGCCAGAAGGCUGCAUUCACUCCAGAGGAAUUGAAUUCCGGAAAGCAUGUUCUCCAUAUAGAAGAUGAUUAUGGUGGAGUGGCUGCAGCUUUGCCUGCAGCAAAACGAAGGAGGGAUUCUCAAGAGCAGAGUAAAGAUGAACAAGUUAUUUCGGAAGCAUCUUUGAAUAAGAUUGUUGGUGCUGCAGAUACAUACAAUUUGGAGGAAAUGGAGCCUCCGUAUACACUCACGUGCACGUUGAGGUCAUAUCAGAAACAAGCUCUCUAUUGGAUGUCCCAGUGGGAGAAAGGAAUCGAUGCUGAGAAAGCUGCACAAACUCUUCAUCCAUGCUGGUCUGAGUAUCACAUAUGUGAUGAAAGGGCUUCCUCAAUCUAUGUAAAUGUCUUCUCUGGAGAAGCCACAAUUCAUUUCCCAAGUGCUAGGCAGAUGGCAAGAGGAGGAAUUCUAGCGGAUGCAAUGGGUCUUGGAAAGACUGUGAUGACAAUUGCUCUAAUCCUUUCAAAGCUUGGUAAAGGAAAUCCCGAUAGUGAAAAAACUGUUUUGAGAAAAGCUGAUGAUAGCAGGACCUCGUACAAGAAAGAUGCUUAUGGUAAUGUUCCACGCAGAGCAAAGGGAGGCACUCUUAUUAUUUGUCCCAUGGCUUUGUUAAGCCAGUGGAAGGAUGAACUCGAAACUCACACAAGACCUGAAACUCUAUCUAUUUUUGUUCACUAUGGUGGUGAAAGAACCAACGAUCCCAGGGUGAUUUCCGAGCAUGAUGUGGUCUUGACAACAUAUGGGGUCCUAACUGCUUCUUAUAAAAGUGAUGCCGAGAACAGCAUUUACCACCGGGUUGACUGGUAUAGGGUGGUUUUAGAUGAAGCUCAUACAAUUAAAUCCUCGAAAACGAUAGGAGCUCGAGCUUGCUUUGCAUUGUCAGCACACUGCCGUUGGUGUCUCACUGGAACCCCGCUUCAGAACAAUUUGGAAGAUCUCUAUAGCCUUCUGUGCUUCUUGCAUGUGGAACCAUGGUGCAACUGGGCAUGGUGGAAGGCAAAGAUUCAAGGGCCUUAUGAGAAUGGUAAUCCAACAGGAUUAAAAUGGAUCAAAGCUAUAUUACGGCUGCUGAUGUUGAGAAGAACGAAGGAAACAAAGGAUAAAGAAGGAAGGCCAAUUCUUAUUCUUCCUCCAACUGAUAUUCAAACCAUUGAGUGUGAGCAAUCAGAAGCUGAACGUGAUUUCUAUGAUGCUCUAUUCAAAAGAUCUAAAGUUCAAUUUGAUCAAUUUGUUGCACAAGGCAAGGUCCUUCACAAUUAUGCAUCCAUUCUGGAGCUAUUACUUCGACUGAGGCAAUGUUGCAACCACCCUUUUCUUGUUAUGAGUCGAGCUGAUUCACAGCAGUAUUCGGAUUUGAACAAACUUGCAAGACGGUUCCUUGAAAUUCACUCCGAUUCCAUUACUACAACUCAAAAUGCCCCAACCAAAGCGUACAUCGAAGAAGUUGUUGAUGGUAUUCGGAGGGGUGAAAACACAGAAUGUCCAAUAUGCAUGGAGUCUGCAGAUGAUCCUGUCCUCACGCCCUGUGCACACAGGAUGUGCAGGGAAUGUCUCCUCUCGAGUUGGCGGACUCCAACAGUCGGAUUAUGUCCAAUCUGCAGGACAGUGCUGAAGAAAACUGACCUCAUAACAUGUCCAACCGAGAACAAGUUCCGGGUCGAUAUCGAGAGCAAGUGGAAAGAGUCAUCAAAAGUUUCAAAGCUGCUAGAGUGCUUAGAACGCAUUCGUCGGUCAGGCCACGGUGAAAAGAGCAUCGUGUUCAGCCAAUGGACAUCCUUUCUAGACCUCUUGGAGAUCCCAUUAAAGAGAAGAGGUAUCGGAUUCUUAAGGUUCGAUGGGAAACUGGUUCAAAAACAAAGGGAGAGAGUUCUGAGAGAGUUCAAUGACACAAGAGAGAAAACGGUUUUGCUGAUGUCUUUGAGAGCUGGUGGGGUAGGCCUGAAUCUAACUGCUGCAUCUAAUGUGUUCUUAAUGGAUCCCUGGUGGAAUCCUGCAGUUGAGGAACAAGCAAUCAUGCGAAUUCAUCGAAUCGGACAAAAGAGAACAGUCACUGUUAGAAGGUUCAUUGUUAAGAAAACAGUUGAAGAAAGGAUGCAACAAGUUCAGGCAAGGAAGGAGAAGAUGAUUGCAGGUGCUUUAACUGAUGAAGAAGUCAGAUCAGCUAGGAUUGAAGAGCUCAAAAUGCUUUUCAGAUGAUUAUGUGUCUAUACACAUAUAACCCUCUAAUUUUGUUAAUGAUGCACGUACUUAAGAGAGGGACUACAUUGCAAACAUU